AUGCCCAAUGGUAAGACUAAUUCUCUUUUCCUAAAUGUAAAGGAGUUGUUCGGGUGCUGCAGCAACACAGUUCGUGGGAUUUUGUGUAUUAUUGGUGGAACUCUGAUACACAUAACGUACGGGUAUUUUUACACUGUUGGAAAUAUGGCCCCGUACAUCGUGGAUUAUAUGAACGCUAACAACAUAUCUGUGGACAAAACUUCAGCCGUCUGGCUAACAUCAGUUGGUUUCUCGAUGCAAUCAAUCGCCAUGCCACUAUCAGCAUAUAUUGCGACGAAAAUUGGAUUUAGAAUCGUGGUUAUAUGUAGCUGCGUGUUGCAC